AUGCCAGUCACAGGAGUCUACUUCAUCCCAGCACACCCCAACCAUACACAAUCAGCAGGGGUAAUCGCCGAGCGUCUCCGCUCCGCCUAUCCAGAUGAAGACCUCAGCCCAGCAGGCCGCUGGUCCCUAGAGCAAAAAUUGAUGCGAGACACACCCAGUCUUCUCCCCGCAUCAGCAAACCCAGCUGCAGGCAAACCACGCUAUAUGCAAUUUCUCUAUUUAACGCAUUACCCGAAGCAGGGGUUCGUGUAUACCUCUGAGCCUACAGAUAAACCCUUUCACCCACCUUCAGCUACAGGGCCAGGGAGCGCAAAUGUCACGCCUGUUCCUCAGGGCAUUGCCCAAGCUCCAACGCCAGGGUCAGCACCGUCUACACAGUCACUCUCUCAAUCUCAGUCUCAAUCUACAAUGAGCAAUAGCUUCACGGCUAGCGCCGAUGUCCCACCAAUGCUAAUGACCAUUCUCCCAAUGCAAUCUUACAGCAUGCUUUUCCAGCAUGUUGUCUACGCCUGUCAGCCCUUCUGGGCGCACCGUCUUACCGUAUCAGUGCAGCAAGGUGUGAUCUACGAUGUUGGUGACUUCCGUGUGAGAGUGGGUGAGGUGCGACAAACUUUUCCCGUUGCGCGGUCACGCGGCAUAGUAGUCGAGGUUGAGUGGCGGGGUCCUACCCUUUUAGAUACAUUGGGCUCUUCUCAGUCAGGCUCUGGUUCCGGUCUUGGAAACGGAGAGCAAAAUGCUGAUUCGGGGAUUGAUGUUGAUUUCGUUAUCGAGGAGGCGGAUAUUGACGCGGAGGUCGCAGCUACAGCGGAACUGAUUAAAGAGUUCUGGACCAGAAUUGGUGUUCCCGGUGCUAGAGAGGCGAUCCUUGUUCCUGGAUUCGGGAAGGAAGUUAAGGAGAGAUUACGGGGGAAGAAGGUGGAGGGUGAUGCGGAUCUUUAUGCGGGAACCGAUCUUGCGAGGCAGUAUAUGGAGGUUUUGCGAUUUAAUCGAUAA